AUGUUGUCGAAUCUUGAACGGAGACUCGGCCGGGCUCUGCUGGAGCAUCCCUCCCGACAUGGUUACCGCUACACUAAGGAAGCCAGCCAAGACCUCCUCGAGCUCCUCUUCCACUCCCUAACUGGCUACAAUGAAGAAUAUCUCCGCCUGCUCUUCCCCGACGGCUUUGCAGACGGUAAAUGGAAGUUGUCUGAAGUUCAGGGUGCCGUUGAAGGGGCUGAAUAUACCGAAGCUGCACGUGGGAAACGGUGCGGGCACAUUUUCAAAAACGGCGAAGCUUCAUACCAUUGCAUGACUUGCUCUAUAGACGAUACAUGCGCGCUGUGUACGCGCUGCUUCGAUUCUUCAGAUCAUACGGGCCACAAGUAUUCUAUUUCGUUAUCUAGUGGGUAUAAUGGGUGCUGUGACUGUGGCGACGAGGAGGCGUUUAAGGUCCCUGUUCUAUGUGCUAUACAUACGGAGAUGCCGCAGGACGUUGAGGGGGCAGGGAAGUCGUCGGCAUCGUCGUCUGCUGCGCAGACGCCUGCUGAAUUGGUGGAAAGUGUUACUACAACGAUCAGCAGGGUUUAUGACUAUUUCUGCGAUGUUAUCUCGUGUUCUCCAGAGCAACUGAGGCUUCCAAAGACUGAAAAUGGCAUCAGGGAGGACGAGGCGGCAUCGAGGCUAUCGGCAGAAUGGUAUGGUGGGAGUGAUCCUGUCGAAGAGGAGCCUGAGUUUGCACUUGUCCUCUGGAAUGACGAGAAACAUACUGUUACCGAGGUUGCGAAUCAACUGUCGCGUGCCUGUCGAGAGGGGUCUAAAUUCGGGAUAGAGAAGGCCAACGAGACUCAUGAGAUUGGGAGGAGUGUGGUGAGAUACUCGAAGGAUUUGGAAAGCCUACUUUCGGUGUCGAAGAUCAUCGAGCAGAUUAGGGUUACUGUCACGUUAAGAUCUGCGAGAGAUACGUACCGAGAGCAGAUGUGUGGGACUAUUAUUGAGUGGCUUUCUGAUAUUGCGUCCUGUUCCAUUGGAGAGGACAAUCACCUGCUCAGGCAGACUGUGUGCGAUCAGAUGAUUCAACCUUGGAGACUUGGAAGCAGUGCAUCAAAUGCCGACAUUGGGAAGCACGGUAUCUAUGAUAACGAGGAGGAGGAUAGGUCGAGGAAUUACUCUCUUCCCAUGACUGCUGAUGAUCUGAAUCUCGGUGAUCAGGACGCAGGGGAAGAAGACCAAGAAAUGGAUGGAGAGCAGGAUGACGAUAAUGGAAUUGAGGGUGAUGGGGAUGAGGAGAUGGAUGAAGCCGAGCACGUUCGGCGUAACCUGGGACAAGUUGUAGAAGCCAUAGAAGCAAGGGCAAACACUAUUAAUGCCGACGCUGAAAUGGCGGACGACGACCUGGAAGCCGAGGAGGCUACUUUCGCUGGAUAUCCACCACCUCCACCCCCACCCCCACCACCACAACCUCCUCAGCAAGCAGUUGACCAAGGCAUUGAUACCCCCAUUGCACCUACCGGCCCUGGCAGUGAGGGUUCUACGGGUUCCGUUUCUGGUGGAAAAAUCAAUAUUCCUCAAACUCCCGGCGUGAGAUGCGAACCUUCUGAGGGAGCACCUUCUUACUGGGAGAUUAAGCCUCGGCGAUUUUACCAUAAUGAAAAUCUAACCCCCUAUGAAGAUUUGCGGAAGAGGACAAGACUUGAUUGGAUUAUCCUCUUCGACUUGAGGCUAUGGAAGAAAACCAGGACGGACGUUCGGGAACUAUGCCUAGGUACCGUCGUCAACAUACCGCAGUUCAAACGCAUCCUCGGUCUGCGGUUCUCUGCUUUAUAUACCGCUCUCGCCCAGUUGUAUCUGAUCGCGGAUCGGGAACCAGACCAUUCUAUCAUUAACCUUUCUCUACAACUAUUGACAACCCCUUCUAUAACCGAAGAAAUUGUCGAACGGGGGAACUUCUUGACGAAUAUUAUGGCUAUUCUUUAUACCUUCCUUACCACUCGCCAGGUCGGGGAACCCCAAGAUGUUAACCCUAACGCGACUCUCUCAAUAGACACUGGCUCGGUAACUAACAGACGACUAUACCAUUUCUUCCUUGACCUGCGCUAUCUCCUUCUAUCUGAUCAUGUCAAGAGUCGGAUCCGUAAUGAGCGCAUUUGCCCGAAUGUUCGCGCAGUCGAAGCCCACGUUGAAUAUGAGACUGAAGGCUGGAUUGGGGCAUCUAUUCUGAUGCGCGAAAUUAAUCGCUUGUGCCGUCUGUUCUGUGAAGCCUUCCGUAAAAACGAAUCGGAAGAAGACGCUGCUCACAUCUAUGAUGCAAUAGCUACUGCCGCUUAUUCAACGAUGGUUAACUCACUAGGGGUGGAGCAACAUCGCUUUAACCAAGCUGAGAUUAAAGACUACGUCCGCUUCAAGUCUGUUUCAUACGUCGAAUUCGAAAAAGACGCUUUCCAGAAGGUUUCGCACCAUCGAAUCGUCGAAUUUGCGGUGGAGCGCGGUGCGAUCAGUUUCCAUCAUGCACUCCAUUAUACACUCUCCUGGCUGUUGGAAUGUGGACGGGAUAUGUCACAAGAUAAAAUGAGAGAUGUGCUACUCCGCACCGCGGGGAUGGUUAAAUCUCAGCAACUAGUCGAUACGCCCAUCCCAAAUCUUAGUCUGGAUGAUAUUUUACUCACCAUGUUUGAUUACCCCUUGCGGGUGUGUGCGUGGCUCGCACAGAUGAAAGCUGGGAUGUGGGUGAGAAAUGGGCUCAGUCUUCGACAUCAAAUGGGUCAGUAUCGUGCAGUUACCACCCGUGAAAUGGCAUUUUAUCGGGAUCUCUUUUUGCUGCAGACUGCUUUUGUCGUUUGUGAUCCUAGUAGGUUUCUUGCGAGCAUGAUUGACCGUUUCGGUGUUGGGGACUGGAUGCGAGGCGGCUAUGCGACUAGACCUGGCUAUGACGAUGCCAAACAUGUGGAUAUUCUGGAAGAGAUGAUUCAUUUAAUGAUCGUCUUGGUCACCGAUCGAACGUCGCUGACAGGCGUGGACGAUGGCGACAAUGCUCGGAAUAGUACUAUGGCUAGAGAUAUUGCGCAUGCACUAUGUUUCAAGCCGCUGUCGUAUACUGACUUGACCAUUCGCAUGAGUGAUAAGUCUGGAGAAUCGGGCAAUUUACAGGAGGUGUUGGCUGAGGUCGCUACGUUCCGUCCCCCUGAAGGCAUGAAUGAUACAGGCACUUUUGAAUUGAAGCCUGAUUAUCUCGAUCUCGUGGAUCCAUACUGCACAUACUAUACUAAGAACCAGAGAGAAGAGGCCGAGAACUCAUAUAAGCAGUGGAUGGCGAAGAAGACAGGCAAAGAUGCAUCGUCAAUUGUGUUCGAGCCGAAACUUCGCGUGAUACGGUCGGGAGCCUAUGUUGGGCUUUCUGACUUUACCCAAACUCCAUUGUUUGCUCAAGUCAUUCAUCACUGCCUGGACUACUGUUUGACGGCCGAUACUGUAACCAAAUCAAUCACUGUCACGAGGAUCGAGACACUCUUGCAUCUGGUCCUUCACCUGAUUCUCUUAGCUACCCUCGAAGAUCACGUCCUUGAAGAUGACGCGCAUGACAAUGCUGCGGGACAACCUGACUCGACGGAGUCUUUCAUCUACCACGCUCUGUUCAGGACCAAGUUUACUAAAACCGCGGAGAUAGGCAUUAUCGGCUUGCUUCAAAAUAUAUCAACGGUGCCUGAAUUUUCCUCCUGUGGACCAAAGAUUCGUCACAUUUUGAAGAAAUUUUGGCAGAAGCGCCCAAAGUCUUAUGCUGCUGCCACAAUUGCUCUUAAAUUCCCAUUCGAUAAUAUCGAGACUCCAUCGCCGGCUGUCAGGACGGAGAGCGAGCUCGAGCUUAAAAAGAAACAAGCACUCGAUCGACAGGCGAAAGUGAUGGCUCAGUUCCAGCAGCAGCAGCAAAACUUUUUGCAGGCACAGGGUUCUAUUGACUGGGGCGAGGAUGAUGAUAUGAGCGAGACUGGAGAGCCGAGCAUUCUCAGUCCCACCGAAAAGAAGCUGUGGAAGUACCCAGAUGGUCGAUGUAUUCUGUGCCAGGAAGAUACUAACGAUUUGCGCAUUUACGGAACCUUCGCUUUCAUGGCAAAUAGCAGACUUUUCCGACAAACUGACAUGGAAGACUCGAGUUAUGUUGGAGAAGUAUUGAAAGUCCCUUCGAGUCUCGACCGUUCUGCCGAGAAUAUUCGUCCCUUUGGUGUUGCUAGAGAGAAUCGAAAAAUGAUACGGAGCCUUGAUUCGACAGGAGGUGAAGUAAUUACAGAAAAGCAGGGUUUGGGUAAAGGCUUCAAGCCGAAGCACACAAUAGAAGGCCCCGUUACGACGGGUUGCGGACAUAUUAUGCACUACCACUGCUUCGAGGAUUAUUAUGCCGCCGCGCAAAGGAGGCAUCAACAUCAGGUUGCUCGCAAUCAACCUGAAAGGUUACGUCUCAAUGAAUUUGUGUGUCCACUGUGCAAGGCUCUAGGAAAUGCCUUCCUACCAAUCAUUUGGAAGGGCAAGGAGGAGUCCUACCCUGGAGCGUUAAGCACGAUAGACUCUUUCGAUGAAUUCUUGAACGAAACCCUGGUGUACUCUGUGACUAGAUUCCGAAAUCAUGCUCUGAUCAUGGAGAGUGAUAAGCUUUAUUCUUCGGGAUAUCAGGAAUUGUUCGUCGAUUACGUAUCUAAGAAUUUUAUAACCCCCUUGUCCCACAAGGUGAAUCAAUUGGCAACACCCACCCUUCCGGAACUGCUAUCUUUCCCACAACCGACCAGGCUGCAAAUGCCAGGCUUAUACCCUCCAGCAGAUGAAAUCACCUCCAUGGAACCUCCUCCUACGCAACAAACUACUAUUUCCACCACGACAGCCAGCGACUCCAUGGUCGCGGAGCUUGUUACUAUCUACAAAAGGCUGAGAGAUACCAUCCGCACCAACGGAAUCCAGUCACAAUUCGGGUAUCAGGGGAAUGUAUCGGACGACCUUAUCCAUACUGACGUCCUGCUCAGAAGCCUUGGGCUUUCCAUUACAGCGGCGGAAAUUGCGCAACGGGGUGUUGGAUCUGAAGGUGGCACCACGUUAUUAGCUCAAAUUCCGCAGAUGACCUUAACUCACCUUCGUGUUCUAUCGGAAACUGCUUUUUCGUACUGCUCAAUCGGAGGACUAAACACUACGACGACAAAUAAAACCGUCUAUGAAUUUAGGGAUAUGCAUCGACGGAGACUCUGUCAGCUAUUCGUCGGGCACCCGGAACUGUCAGGUUUAUCUGACCUAGCUUAUGAAAACAAGUCCAUCGAACCGUUACUUCGGCAGGAUAGUUUCGUGUUCCUUUCUGAAUGCUCGCUGUGCAUAGUUCCUGUGCUGAAUCUUGACAUUCUCCACGUCGUUCGUCUGUGCUAUAUCGCGGAAAUCGUAAAGACCUUCCUAGGAUAUAUUUUGCAACCAAAGGGCUUCCUUGAAGUGUUGGAAAAUCAUGGUUCGGAAUCAUCUACAGACGAUGAUCCCAUGGGCCCACAUGAAUCCUUGACGCGUGCUAUGUUUGAUUGGCUUGUGAAGACGUACCGGGCGUCAUUAGUCGAUAGCACAUUGCCUGAGGAAGGAAGCUCCUAUCUUCUUAAGCACGCUGAGGACGUCUCGAUCGAAACGUUGAAGAGCCUCCGGCGACUAAUUGACAUAUAUGCUCUCCCUUUCCUCCGAAAAGCCGUGAUUUUACUCCAUGUUCAGUUUGGGGUCGAAUUCCCUAAUACCGGUUCCGACUAUAACGACUUGGCAGAGAUUGACCGCCUUGCGACGCUACUCAAUCUUCCAUCCAUCGAUAGCAUUUUCGAUUCGCUGGUCAAGAACGACGGAGAAGAUAACGAGAAUUGCAUGGCGCAGCUAGUUUCUGGGUGGAUUUCGCAUUUCAUUUCCUGGUUGCCUGAAACGGACGAUGAUGAACAGGAGGAGCAGCAGGAGCAACAAGAUCAGCAACAACUGGCUACCUUGUCACUUCCGCACCCUGCGAUUUUCGAGCUAGUGGGCCUUCCCAAGUAUUUUGACACCCUUUUAGACGAGGCUACGAGGCGCCGUUGCAAAACUACUGGCAAAGAACUCACGGAUCCAAGCAUUUGUCUCUUCUGUGGUGACAUCUUCUGCUCACAGGCCGUUUGCUGUCGACCUCUGGGUGAUCGGAAACUGGGUGGCUGUAAUCGUCAUGUUGCUAAAUGCGGUGGGAACAUCGGCCUCUUCAUCAAUAUCCGCAAAUGCAUGGUCUUGUUCCUCCAUAACAAGAGUGGUUCCUGGCAUCAUGCCCCUUACCUGGAUAUUCAUGGCGAAGUUGACCCAGGUUUCAGACAUCAUAGACGCCUGAUAUUGAAUCAGAAGCGGUAUGAUCGGCUUCUCCGCGACGUGUGGCUGGCGCAUGGAGUACCUGCCGUGAUUAGUAGAAGGCUAGAGGCAGAGAUUAAUAACGGGGGAUGGGAGACUAUCUAA